AUGUCCGAUAUAUAUGAAUCAGACAAACCUCGAGAGCCCUUUCAGGAUGAAUUAGUAGGCUUGGCCCAGCACGGCCAAUCAGGGAGAUCUGCUUCUGUUUCGCAACAACAAAGUACUUGUGAUGACCUCAACAACAACAAGCGUCAAGUGCGUUUGAUAUUAGAUCAUACUGCAUUUGUUCGGGGGAUUGGUAAUGUGAAACGAUGGUUUAAUGAGGAGUAUAUAGGGCAAAACCUCAACAAAUCAUUUGACCCAAUCAAGUUGAAUAUGUAUGUUCCUUCGUAUACUUUGCACGAGUUUGAUUAUGUGAAAAGAGGAACUUCAAUAAGUGCCACCAACGCACGAGAAGCAAUCAAGUUUAUUGAUAACUAUUUAGAGAAAUUCUCAAACAAUCACCCAACUUCAAAUGGCGGUAAAAUCCAAUAUAAUUUAAACCUUGAAUCUCCUAAUGAGGCUACACCAGUUUGGAAAACUUGUUCAAAGUAUAAAAUCUACUCACCGAAAAUUGGAGAUUUUCCAAAUUACAAGACUAGGUUCGAGUGUAAUCAGACUCGACAAACUAGGGGAAGUCAAACUGCUGAAGAUGAAAGUCAAAUUGCUGAAGAUGGAAGUCAAAUUGCUGAAGAUGGAAGUCAAAAUGCUGAGGAUGGAGAUGGAAAUGAAAAUGACCAUACUAUCAUUGGUAUUUUAGGCUCAUCGCAAAUGGAUCAAGACGCAGCAGCAGCAGUAGCAGCAUCUGAGAAUCUUGCCGAGAUGCCAAAUAGAUUGAGAUACUUGAUCAGGACUUGUAUAUUCAAGAGAUUUAUUGAGAAAUACCAGCCCAAGCCCAAAGAUAGUAUUGAGGAGUGGAAGCUUGUAACCGAGGAUCCAGUUACUAAAAUUUGGGCCAAGUCGUAUGGGAUUGAUUGUGUCAAUGUUAAUGAAGCCGAAUUGCUUAUUUUCCAAAAUUAUGAUGUCAAUCUGUUUAGAGUAUACAAUCCAUUUUCCUCGGGAAACGAUGAUUUUGAUCCAAAGAAUGAUAUCUUGCAAAACAGGAUUGAUACUACUUUAUAUGCCUACCACAGUGUGAAACAAGAACCUCCCAAGGCAACUUAUAGGAAUCGAAGAAGAGGGAAAGGAAAACAAGCUGAAAAGACGCAAGUACCAAUUGAAGGGGUUGUGCAUGAGAAACAAGUUUCUGGUGACGGUAAUGAAACUAUCAAGAAGGAAAAAUUCAAGGCAAUCAAUUAUGCACCGAGGGGACACGGAGAAUUAUGGGAACCAUGA